AUGUCAGCAUCAUCAUCAUCAAACAUCUCGCUGGACGAAUACUCUGUGUCCGUGCAGAAUGGCUUCCUCCCUACCGAACCGCCUCUCCGGCGGCUGCCAGAUCCGUAUUACAAUCCAUGGGAGGACAUCAUGGCCGAUCUGCCAGCCCUCAUUCGCAGCGGGGAUAUCAGACAGGCAGUACGAAGCUUGCCAGUCCUGUCUACAGAGAAACUGCACAGCGAACCCGAAUGGCGGAGGGCAUACUCGGUGCUCGCUUUUUUAACGCAUGGCUAUAUCUGGGGCGGAGAGCGGCCUGAAAAUAGAUUACCUCCCUCUAUCGCUUGUCCGUUCCUAGAAGUAUCCUCCUACUUGGAAUUACCGCCUUGCGCGACGUACGCCGCGCUCAACCUGUGGAAUUUCACCACGGUGAGUCCUGGCCAGGAGGACCUCACUGAGCCAGACAACCUGGCGGUUCUGAAUUCCUUCACGGGGACUGAUGACGAGCGGUGGUUUUUCGUCAUUUCCAUUGCCAUUGAAGCAUGCGGUGCAAAGGUCAUUCCUCUGGUCCUCAACGCCAUCGAGGCUGUCAACCUGCACGACCAGGGACGCGUCACGCAGCUCCUCGUCCAGAUCACCGAGUGCCUUGCGGAGCUGUCCAAGAUCCUCGAGAGGAUGUACGAAAAGUGCGCUCCGGCCGUCUUCUACCAUCAGAUCCGGCCUCUCCUGGCUGGGAGCAAGAACAUGGCUGCCGCAGGGCUCCCAAACGGUGUGUUCUACGACCGUGGGGGAGGAGUGGGAGAAUGGCGGCAAUACAGCGGCGGAAGUAAUGCGCAGAGCUCGCUCAUCCAGCUGUUUGAUAUCGCUCUCGGUGUGCAGCAUUGGGCUAGUGGAGAGGCCACUCCUUCAGCAACAUCACCUCACGGUGCUUUUAUGAUGGAAAUGCGGAACUACAUGCCCGGCCCCCAUCGCCGCUUCCUCGAGCACGUAGCCAGAAUCGCCAACAUCCGACCCUACGCGAUGAGCCUGCCGGCUGCCUCAGACGUGCGAAAAGCAUACAAUGCCGCAGUUAUGAUGCUGGGGUCGUUCCGCGACAAGCACAUCCGGAUCGUCUCGCGGUAUAUCAUCGCCCAGGCGAGACAGCAGCCGCCGCCGCAGCAACAGUAUCAACCGAGGUCAAAUGAAGAACCUACAUCUACAUCAGCUCUUCCAGUUUUGAAAAGACUCAACCUAGCAACGGCCACCUUGCUGUCACAAUCGUCGUCAUCGUGGUCAUCAUCAUCAUCAUCACCAUCAUCAUAUUCCCCAUCUUCCUCCUUUUCACCUUCUUCCGUGUCGUCACCUCAGUCCGAGAAAAGUCCCGAUGGAACGUCCUUCUCCUCUGCAUUCCCCUUCCCCUCUUCAUCCUCUUUUGACAGUGCAUCAUCGUCAGCGUCACCGUCGCAGGACCAAGGGAUCUUCUUCGGCACCGGCGGCACAGCCCUGAUACCAUUUCUCAAGCAGACGAGGGAUGAGACCAAGGCUGCUGCGUGUGCCCUUUCUGGAUUGGAUAGACGAGAUCUAUUCGUGAUAGAUGACAUGAGCGGGUUAAACAGUAAUAUUAAAUUUGCUCGCUAUAUGCGCGGUAGUCUUCCAGAACCGACCACUUUACAGAGAUUAAAGAAACAACCAAUCAAAACACGUGAUCAACACAGUAUUCUGGGGGAAAACUGGGGAAUCUAUGGAAUACAAGGUGGAUGGAAAGAAAAUGACUUUGCAUGCAAUCAGGCGAUUUUGUGGUCUUAUUGGUUGGGGCCUUGGAUCAAGUCACUGGUCGGUGGUGCCUAUUUUGACCCAACGAAAUUUAUACAAGCUCGUCUUAGAAAGGAUUUAAGGGAGCUUGUAAUGGCAUCAGUUGAAUGGCCGCCACAUGACGCAGUGGAGGCUGCAACAGAAGAUAUAUGUCCAGGAGCGCCGGGUCAAGAGUUUCACGACCCCAGACGAAUCGAACUCAUUAACAAGCUGGAGGGUAUUCUGAAGUCAAAGACGGAUGGAAAAGUCUCCACGACCCUCUGGGCCAUUCUGUGGAUCAGUGAUGUUGAGAAACUCGAGCAGUUCGUCCAGAGAGCUGCUGGUUUGGACCCUUUUACGCUCUAUGCAUUUAUUCAUGCCGAUGACAUAGAGAAACUGGUCCCACUAUGGACCCAACGUUAUCAAAGACGAUCUAGUUCUGUGGGAGGUUCUGCGCCGCCUUCUGCACCCUCUUCCAGGGCUUCAACCCCUCCAGGUGGAUUAUCUGCACCCACAAUACCUCCAGUGACACCAACGCAUAAUCUUCAAGAAAGGCCAAGUUCUCCGGAAAACCCAAGCUCUUCGCAACACCCCAUUACACCCUCGAAGAUCGCCCGCGUCAAAAAAUGGAAAAACGCCGCCAUCAUCUUCACGGAACAGAAGAAGACGGAGGAGGAGGCUUGCUGUUACAACCUUGUGACACUGACUCCAACGGCCCACGGUUUCUGGCGCAAUGCGCGGUUUGCGCUGAAACCCGUCUCGCUCGCCGAGGAGAGGAAGCGCAUGGACGUGCAGUUUUUCUGGCUUCGCCAGUAUUAUCAGAAAAUAAAGAACAAAGAGGUUCGCUCCGGAGAUGUCAUCACACUCGUCACUGAGAAUCCCGAAACCCACCCGCUUCCCAGUUUUGAGUUGCUAGAAAUGCAGUGGAUUCUUCACAGAGUUGCCGCUAUCAGCGGCGCGGUGGACGAUUACAAAGAUGACGGCUUCAACGACGACGGCGGCGGCGACGGUGAUGGUCUUUGA